AUGUUCGGAGCACUGAACCGUUUCAUCUCGCGGCUCGAUGCCGAACCUGCUCCCCGCCAGGCCGAUGCAGGACCUCAAGACUCGUCGUAUGGCUUUCAAGUGCUCCGAAAUGUAAACAAGGAACUCGCUUUGGAGCCGUGGUUCGAUUUCAUUAUCGGAAUCAACGGACAUUACCUCGACUCUCCGGAUCCCAACCUAUUCGCCACCGAAAUCCGCAACUGCGCAGGUGGAUUCUGCUCGCUGGACAUCUGGAGUGCGAAGGGUCAAAGAACGCACUCACUCACGGUCAACGUUCCUGCCUCCUCCGAUGCACUUGGGCUGAGCCUCCAGCUCGCACCAUUGAACUCCACCCAGAACAUCUGGCAUGUGCUCAACAUUCCCUCCUCACUCUCCCCCGCCCACCAGGCCGGCCUACUACCACACAGUGACUACGUUCUGGGCUCACCCAGUGGGACGCUAAAGGGGGAAGGGGCUUUGGGUGAGCUCGUGGAAGAUCAUCUCAAUCGAAGUCUGGUGCUGUGGGUCUACAACUCUGAAUUCGAUGUGGUCAGAGAGGUCGAACUGGUUCCUAGAAGAGGGUGGGGAGGUGAGGGCGCACUGGGUGCAGUACUGGGGUUUGGUGCUCUACAUCGACUACCUGUGGGAUUGGGAGAGGAGGUCCAGGCUCCGGGGGAGAACAUGUUCGAUGCGGACCGAAAAAGUCUCGAAAACGGGGCUCAGCCAGACUACUCAGGGAAUACUUUCCAGCCAGCUCCCGCACCCAUCUUGACACCACCGCCGAUGAUCAACCCCAAUGUUGCGCCUCCACCAUUGAUGAACCCCAAUGCACCGCCACCAGGUACAUCCAACCCAGCACGAGGAAGAAAAGGCAAACACCACGCUGCCUUGGGCGCCAAUCUCGGCUUCGACGACAUGUUUGCCGAGGGUGCGAAGAAGAGCGCCGAGCGAGAUCAUGCACCGUCAAGGAAGGGCACUCCGCUAGCACCGCCACCCCGAGCGGGAUCUGCGACCGCAACGUCCCAUUCUCUGACGCACGAAGACCAGAAUCCUUUGGAUCAGGAUGUCGACGACCUCGGUGAGCCUGGAGAGGCAGAAGAAAGUUGA